AUGGCAGAGAGCAUCCCAAAACCAUCCAGCCCCCUCCUCCCUCAUACGAGCUCACCGAGGCCUCCGCUGGGCAUCAUCAAGACCAUCUCGAUCGCCCGCGCCAUCUUCGGCGGCGCAUGUAUCUUCACACCCCACCUCAUCACGCAAAUGUUCCAACUGCCUCUUCCCCGAGGCACCGAGCUGUUCCCACGACUGUUCGGCGUGCGCGACUUGGUGGUCGGAGAGCUGCUGUGGCUCACAUUGCGCGGUGAACGCACGGAAGAACAACUGAAGCAAAUCCGCCGUGUGGUGUGGGCCAAUAUUGCGAUCGAUUCGAUUGAUGUGGUGUCGACGAUCUGGGAGUUUGCAAUGGGAAGGAUUGCCGGCGAGGCGGCGCUGGUGACGGGCGGUGGAGCCGCGGUGUUUGCGGCAGUUGGGGCCGCUGGGCUGUAUCAGAUUGGCUGGUGA